AUGCCUAGCGUAUCAACAAUUCUGAAGGGCAUCUUCGUCCUGGCCCCCCUUGUGGCUGCCGCUCCCGCAAACUAUGCCCGCCAGGAGGCCAGCUCUGCGUCAUCUGCGUCUGCUGCCGCUGGGACAAGUAAAGCCGCUACCUCUGCCACCGCAGCGGCACCAGCAGCAGCUGCUGCAACAUUGAGCGAUGUCGACAUCCUCAACUUUGCGCUGACUGCUGAGCAUCUCGAGUCGACAUACUACAAGCAGGGUUUCGCAAAGUUCUCCAUGCAGGACUUCAUGGCUCUCGGUCUGACCGAGGGCCAGGUCAAGUCUUUGAUGGGAGUUGGUCAGACUGAGGCUACUCACGUCACAACGCUCAUUUCCGCCAUCGCUGGAGCAGGCGCAAAGCCCGUCGAGCCCUGCACGUACAACUUCGACGCCGCCCUGACAAGCGCCGAUUCCAUGGUCAAGACUGCGCGUGUCCUCGAGGCUGUUGGUGUUUCCGCUUACCUCGGAGCCGCUCCCCUUGUCAACUCGUCCGACGUCCUCGCAGCCGCUGGUUCCAUUGUUACCGUCGAAGCCCGUCACCAGGCUUUCAUCCGCAUGGCUUCCGGGGCUGAGCCCGUUCCUGCCGCUUUCGACACUGCCCUUGGACCCCGCGCCGUCUUCACUCUGGCGGCUCAGUUCAUCAAGUCCUGCCCCGAAGGUUCCAACCUCAACAUCCAAGCUUUCCCCGCCAUUGCGCUCCAGAACCCCGAGCAAGUGGCCGUUGGCCAGGCCCUCAAGUUGGCGGAUCCUACCAAGCCAGAAGGUGCUCAAUUCUGCGCCUUUGUUGCUCCUGGUGGCAACCAGUUCAUGCCCAUUACGGAUGGCAAUUGCAUCGUUCCCCAAGGUCUUCAGGGAGAGGUCUACAUGAUGCUCACCAAGACCAAGUCGGUCGUCGACGACCAAGUCCUUGCCGGCCCCUCCGUCAUCCAGCCCUCGUAG